AUGAAAAAGGAAAGCGUUUGCACGGCAGCCGUCUUCUUCUCUUUCUUGUUAACCCUCGCAUAUGCAGGCAGACCUGCCCCUGCCCCUGCCACUGCUCCUGUCUCUGCAUCUUGCUUUGAUGUUUCAAGCAAUAUUCAAAAUGAGGUUUUGGAAGAGAAGGACACUUGUGAAGGCAUGGGCAAAGAAGAGUGUUUGAUGAGAAGAACACUUGCAGCCCACAUAGACUAUAUCUACACACAGAAGAAGCAAAAGCCGUGAACAAUAAAAAUCCAAUUAUCACUUGUUUCAGUUUCGGGAAAUUUCAUACUGUAAACCAGUGUGUAAUAAGUUUUUCUAGUGACAUAAUCUUCAGAUUGAAAACUUGGAAUGUAAUCUUUUCAUGAUUCAUUAGCCAAGUACCCGGUGUAAACGUUGCAUUAGCUAAGUAUCCGGUGUAAACCUUUCAACUUGUUUUGCAUAUUAUA